AGUUACUAAGUCGUAGUCAUUUUUGGGCACUUCAGCCAUUGCCAUUCAUAAAUUAUAUGCAAUGAUUAAGCAGACAAAGAAAUGUGAAUACUUUGGUUUCCUGUUUUAGCCUUUUCUCCAAGUCAUUUUCAAAUAGUGACCACCAUAUUUAUUAAUGCACCGCUCUUCUUCUUCCUGAGAAGAUCGAGCUGAAAGAAGCUCCCAAUCUCAGAUUACUUCUCUGCCUCCACAAUGGAAAGAAGGGCAUCUUCUCCGAUGGCUGCUAUUCUUGUUUACAUUGCAGUUUUCAUGGCUGCUGCUUAUUGUUCUUCAUCUGUAUCAGCUGCACCAUCAACUUCUUUCGAAGACAAUUUCAACAUAAUGUGGUCCGAGGACCAUUUCAAAACCUCUGCAGAUGGGGAGAUCUGGUACCUCUCGCUCGACAAUAAUACAGGUUGCGGGUUUCAAACGAAACAGAUGUACAGAUUUGGUUGGUUCAGCAUGAAGCUCAAGCUGGUUGGAGGCGACUCUGCUGGUGUAGUGACAGCUUACUAUAUGUGUACUGAAAAUGGAGCAGGGCCAACCAGAGAUGAGCUAGAUUUUGAGUUCUUGGGGAAUAGGAGUGGGCAGCCUUAUCUGAUUCAGACAAAUGUUUACAAGAAUGGAACUGGGAACCGUGAGAUGAGGCACAGCCUUUGGUUUGACCCCACUGAGGAUUAUCAUACCUAUUCAAUUCUUUGGAACAAUCAUCAGAUUGUUUUUUUUGUUGACAAAGUUCCCAUAAGGGUGUUUAAGAACAAUGGUGAAGCAAACGACUUCUUCCCCAACGAGAAACCCAUGUAUUUGUUCUCGAGCAUAUGGAAUGCCGAUGAAUGGGCGACGAGAGGUGGACUUGAGAAGACAGACUGGAAAAAAUCACCAUUUGUGUCUUCCUACAAGGACUUCAGUGUUGAUGCAUGCCAGUGGGAAGAUCCAUACCCUAAAUGUGUGUCCACAACAACAGAGAACUGGUGGGAUCAGUAUGAUGCUUGGCACCUUUCAGAUUCUCAGAAAAUGGACUAUGCUUGGAUACAAAGAAACAUUGUUGUUUAUGAUUAUUGCAAGGACACCGAGAGGUUCCCAACAUUGCCAGUGGAGUGUCCAUUGAGUCCAUGGGAAUGAUAUAUAUUGUGAAGUUGUAGAGUUUGAGUAUGGGGAUAGACUAAGAUGUGUACUUGUAUGGCAUCUUGUUUUUUGGUUAUGGAAUUCUGAUUAGAUUCAUUAAAUUGAUUUUGUUCAAUAAAAAAUAAAAAAUAUUUAUAUC